GGCAGCUUUUAUUUUGAAGUGACAUCGGCCUGACAACAAAAGAAGUGUUGCUUGACAGACGGGCGGUGGCACGGGACGGGUUCGACCAGAACCAGAACCACAACAAACCACCUGUGGAUUCUGAGGGUCAGAGGUCACCUCCAGCAGCCAUGGCACUCAUCUCCUUAGAAGACCUCGACAGUCUGGAUGAUGAGCAGCUGAAUGAUGACAUCACAGAUAACCCCGAGCCAAUGGAUGAGGAGGGGGCGGAGCGUCUGUUGGCUCAUUGGCAGGCGGUUGCGAGCACUCACCAGGUGUCCAUUCCUCCAGAGAUGACUGGACCCAUUCAGGAAAUGACCCACAACAACCAACAGAGGGAGCCGCUGCCAUUUGCCCCCAGCACCCGUCAUGAGAAGAUGGGGGAGGUGGUUUUUGAGGAGCGGCUGUAUCCGGCGGGACACUGGGCGUGCAUCAGUCGAGGAGAAGAUCUGUACGAACAAAGCAUCUCCAAAGGCUUCAUGAAGCUGAUGCGCUUCAUCUGCAAGGAGAACUCAGCAGGUCGUUACCUGGGAAUGACCAUCCCAGUCGUCAGCAACAUCAACAUAAUGGAGGAUGGAAAGUCGUUUGAGAAGAACGUGGUGACGGCGUUCUUCCUGCCGGCUGAGUUUCAGGCUGACCCACCUCAGCCCACUGACCCAGACAUCAGCAUCGUGUACAGGGAGCCAUUCAGGGUAAUCGCCCGAAUAUUCUUUGGCACCACCACCGAGGAGACGGUUGGCCGUCAGAUCACCCUGCUGUGGGAGAUUCUGGGUGACCCAGACAACAUUUGCCGUGACAGCUACAUGGUCGCAGUGUAUGAGAACCCUGGAGUUCCUCGCCGCAGGAACGAGAUCUGGUUCAUUCGACGCAGUCCUUAGAAUGGUUCCCACGAUGUCCCACCUCUCCAGCUAGCUUUGACCUUUGACUACUGACACUUCCAGAAGCAGAACCAACCCCAUUGUCCACAUGUUCUGACCAGCAGCUGCUUUUUAAAAGCUAUUAGCAUCAUGUCUCACCACUAACUGUUACGCGACUAAACUGAUUUAACACCUUCUUACCUGAACUUGUAAAUGUAUUUCAGAUAUUCAUGUAUGAAUAGCUGUCGUGGGAUUUCAGUGCAGCUCGCAAUUUUUGUGUUAGCUUAGCAUCUCGUUUGCCUGCUUGACAUCACUGUUGUCCGAUCGCACAGCCAACGUUAGCUGCUUAAAUACACUAUUUCAAUUUUUAUUUUCAUUUCUAUCACGCAAAAUCACAACAGAGUUGCCUCAAGGCGCUUCACACAAGUAAGGUCUAACCUUACUAACCCCCAGAGCAACAGUGGCAAGAAA